CCGUCCCAGCCCGCCACCGCCACCCGGCUCUGUUGGACCGGACCGGAGCGACUCGGACUCGGACUAGGACUCGGACUCGGUGUGGAGUGGAACAUCCGCUGCAGCAUGGCGUCUGACGGCGUGGACGAGCGAUCCCCGCUGCUGGCCACCCCUACCCCGCUGGAGCCCAGUCCCGCAGCAGAACUACCUCCCCCUUACACGGCCAUCGCCAGCCCGGACGCGAGCGGCGUGCCGGUCAUCAACUGCCGCGUGUGCCAGUCUCUGAUCCAGCUGGACGGCAAGCUGCACCAGCACGUGGUCAAGUGCACGCUCUGCAACGAGGCCACCCCCAUCAAGAACCCGCCCACGGGGAAGAAGUACGUGAGGUGUCCCUGCAACUGCCUGCUCAUCUGCAAAGACACGUCCAGGAGGAUAGGAUGUCCUCGGCCCAACUGCAGACGCAUCAUCAACCUGAGCCCCGUGGUGGUCGUCCCUGAGGAGCAGCCCGCCCAGCCUGCCCUGCCCGCCAUGUCUGCCAUGUCUGCCCUGCCCCUGCAGGCUGAGGGCACGCGGGUGGUCUGUGGGCACUGCACCAACACUUUCCUCUGGAUGGAGCUGCGCUUCAACACCUUGGCCAAAUGUCCCCACUGCAAGAAAAUCUCGUCAGUGGGCAGUGCUCUCCCUAGGAGGCGCUGUUGUGCUUACAUCAGCGUGGGAAUGAUGUGCCUCUUCAUCGGAGUGGGAUUAACUGUGGGAACGCGAGACUUUGCGGCCCGCUACAGCGCCACCUACCUGUCCUGGGCUUUGGCAUACUUGCUGGGUCUGAUCUGCUUGUUGAGGGCUUGCUACUGGGGAGCCAUCACUGUCAGCCACCAUGAGAACUGCUUUGCCUGAACAACACACCCCUACUAACACCAGGUGCAAGACCUCCAACACCAGGUGCAAGACCUCCAACACCAGGUGCAAAACCUCCAACACCAGGUGCAAGACCUCCAACACCAGGUGCAAGACCUCCAACACCAGGUGCAAGACCUCUAACACCAGGUGCAAGACCUCCAACACCAGGUGCAAGACCUCCAACACCAGGUGCAAGACCUCCAACACCAGGUGCAAGACCUCCAACACCAGGUGCAAGACCUCCAACACCAGGUGGAAUUGAAGCGCUCCCUCCAGGAUCUCGUCACGUGACUUCUUCUCCUUUUUUUACUUCAUGUUUGUUUUCAUCAACUUGAUGACGUCAUCAAUAAUUGGAACCAGAACAUUUAAGGUACAAAAUGAGCUAAAGAGUUAGCAUGCUAACAUAAGAGACGUUAGCCUACUUCCAAGAUGGUGCCAAGUAUCAAAAACCAUGAUUUUGCCAAGUAUCAAAAAACCUGAUUUUUAGGUGAAGACGUAGAAAAUGAGCUAAAAAGCUAGCAUAAAACGUUAGCAUGCUAACAAAAGAGACGUUAGCCUACUUCCAAGAUAGCGCCAAGUAUAAAAAAAACAUGAUUUUUUUAGUUAAAAUGUACAAAAUGAGCUAAAAAAAAAAGGUUAGCAUGCUAACAUUAGCAUGCCAACAUAAGAGACAUUAGCUUGAUUCCAAGAUGGCGCCAAGUAUCAAAAAACCUGAUUUUUAGGUUAAAACUUAGAAAAUGAGCUAAAAAGCAAGCAUAAAAUGUUAGCAUGCUAACAUAAGAAACAUUAGCCUACUUUCAAGAUGGCGCCAAGUAUCAAAAACCAUGAUUUUUAGGUUAAAAUGUACAAAAUGAGCUAAAAAAAAAAUUGCAUGCUAACAUUAGCAUGCUAACAUAGGAGACGAUAGCUGAAUUCCAAGAUGGCGCCAAGUGUCAAAAAACAUGAUUUUUAGGUUAAAAUGUACAAAAUGAGCUAAAACAGUUAGUAUGCUAACAUAAGAGACGUUAGCUUACUUCCAAGAUGGCGCCAAGUUUAAAAAAAACAGAUUUUUAGGUCAAAACGUAGAAAAUGAGCUAAAAAGCUAGCAUAAAAUGUUAGCAUGCUAACAUGAAAAACAUUAGCCUACUUCCAAGAUAGCACCAAGUAUCAAAAACCAUGAUUUUUAGAUUAAAAUGUACAAAAUGAGCUAAAACAGUUAGCAUGCUAACAUAAGAGACGUUAGCUUACUUCCAAGAUGGCGCCAGGUAUAAAAAAAACAUGAAUUUUAGGUAAAAAUGUACAAAAUUUGCUAAAAAAGUUAGCAUGCUAACUUUUAAGAUACCGCCAAGUAUAAAAAAAACAGAUGUUUAGGUUAAAACUUAGAAAAUGAGCUAAAAAGCUAGCAUGAAAUGUUAGCAUGCUAACAAGACGUUAGCCUACUUCCAAGAUGGCGCCAAGUAUCAAAAACCAUGUUUUUGGGUUAAAAUGUACAAAAUGACCUAAAAAAAAGAGUUAGCAUGCUAACAUUAGCAUGCUGGAUAAUGAAACGUCAACAAACAUAAAUACUGCGUAAUACAUGUUUGUACACUACAUUACCCAGCAGCCUUAGCGCUGUGGACAGAAAGAGGAAGUAGAUGUGAACAGGAGAGGUAGACAUGUUGUUGAUGUCCCUGCUCCAAGUUAGGACUCGAACAGGGAUCCUCCAACCGUGCUGCGCCGCCUCCAUCUAGUAUAUUGUGCACACAGUGUUACUGCUCAAAACUCUUAGAUAACAACUAAGUGGUGAGGGAGAGUCCUGGAGGGACAGAAACACAUGCUAGAAUAUUCACCAUGUCAUUAAUGGACUUCCCGCUAGAAUAUUCACCAUGUCAUUAAUGGACUUUUUGCUAGAAUAUUCACCAUGUCAUUAAUGAACUUCAUUCUAGAAUAUUCACCAUGUCAUUAAUGGACUUCCUGCUAGAAUAUUCACCAUGUCAUUAAUGGACUUCAUGCUAGAAUAUUCACCAUGUCAUUAAUGGACGUCCUGCUAGAAUAUUCACCAUGUCAUUAAUGGACUUCAUGCUAGAAUAUUCACCAUGUCAUUAAUGGACGUCCUGCUAGAAUAUUCACCAUGUCAUUAAUGGACUUCCUGCUAGAAUAUUCACCAUGUCAUUAAUGGACUUCAUGCUAGAAUAUUCACCAUGUCAUUAAUGGACUUCAUGCUAGAAUAUUCACCAUGUCAUUAAUGGACGUCCUGCUAGAAUAUUCACCAUGUCAUUAAUGGGCUUCCUACUUGAAUAUUCACCAUGUCAUUAAUGGACUUCAUGCAGGAAUAUUCACCAUGUCAUUAAUGGACUUCAUGCUGGAAUAUUCACCAUGUCAUUAAUGGACUUCAUGCUAGAAUAUUCACCAUGUCAUUAAUGGACUUCAUGCUAAAAUAUUCACCAAGUCAUUAAUGGACCUCCUGCUAAAAUAUUCACCAAGUCAUUAAUGGACCUCCUGCUAGAAUAUUCACCAUGUCACUAAUGGACUUCCUGCUAGAAUAGUCACCAUGUCACUAAUGGACUUCCUGCUGGAAGCUGUACACUGACUGCUUUAAAGCUCCUCCCAUAGUGUGACGACAUCUUUAUUUAUUUCAACACCUUUUCCCCCCCAAAGCAGCAUUUAUCAAUAAAACCCCAACUGCAA